GAGGAGGACGAGGAGGAGGAGGAGGAGGAGGAAGGCCCAGGCCCCGCCCCCCACGGGCCCGAGGGCUGCCGCAGGUGCAAACCUCGAAACAUGACCAACAGUAGACCUAACCGGUGUUCAGAGCUGCUUUGGCGCGGACUGAAAUACAGUGACCCCCAUCAUUUCUACGGAGAAUUCGUAAAGCCCGUAUAAUGGCCAACAAGAAAGAGCCUCCGUUCUUCAAUGAAGAUAACGUGGGACCCUUCUACUACAAAUUCCCUUUCUACGAGACUAUGGACCUCUUCAUCGAAACACUGACGGGCACGUGCUUUGAGCUGCAAGUCUCCCCCUUUGAAACUGUCAUUUCUGUGAAAGCUAAAAUCCAGAGAUUGGAAGGUAUUCCUGUCUGCCAACAGCACUUAAUUUGGAAUAACGUGGAGCUAGAAGAUGAUUAUUGCUUGAAUGAUUACAACAUCUCAGAAGGCUGUACCUUGAAGCUAGUACUGGCAAUGCGAGGGGGACCUAUCAAUUCUAGGCGAGUUCCCGUGGAAGAUCCGCUUCGGGAAAUGGCCGAAUUCAUGUAUCCCGGGCAAGAUGAAGUUUGGGAGAAGGCUCCUUCCAAUAAGCAAGUCACCUUUUUGGUCUACAGAGAAGGGGAUCAGUUGAGUUUUUUCCGUGUGAUCGAUAGGGGAGAUGGCACUCUGACCCCCCUCUCGGAGUCGAUAAGCGGGGGCUCCGUUUACAACCCGUACACCGACGAAGAAGACGACAUGGAACCUUCUCCCUCUGGGCAGCAGAUCAUCGAAAACUCCAUCACGAUGAAUAAAAUGAAGCUGCUGAAGGCCAAGAUGGAAAACAUGAACCUCAGUAAAAAGCCCAAGAAAGCCGUCAAAGUCAAACCUCGGCCCCCCAUGACUCCGCGGCCUUCGAGCGGUUCCAUGGCAGCUGCCCGUCACAGGCUUUUAAGAGUGCUUCCCCACAUUGGACAGUCUCGCCUACCUCCUGGGAAUUCGUAUCCCUCCGAACCUUCCCACCGUGCACUUUCAGCCCUGGCUCCUUUGGCCACCGCCGGUAGAGCCGUGUCUUCGGUGACUGGCGAUCCCCUUCAGGAAGAAAACUGGGAAAGCCCUCCGGUGACUCAGCCGGCCCAAACCCUUUCGGAAAAGGUAGUCUCCGGAAACGAGCGGGACGUGGUCCUGCCUCACAACGUGGACCUCUGCGCCCCAGAAGACUUGCUUCUGCCUGAGGUAGAUGCGGCCCCUCUGUCCCUGGAAGGCAGCCUCGCUCAACAGUUUGGCGAACGAGGGAAGGCGAAUCCAAACUCGCCACUGCCUACCGGGGACAGAGGCCCGAAGGCCCCGGAGCAGCCUCCUCGUAAGCCUGUCCGCAAGACGCCGAGUUGCGAAGCAGCGGAGGCGGGCGUCCCUGACCCUCGGGAAUUAAGUGCUCAGAAGAACGGACUCCUGUCCCCUCUCCGGCAUUCCCCCCCGGUGCCCCCCGGCAGCCCCCGCCCGGACCCCCAGAGGCAGGCCAAAUGCUUUGAGUCGAGGCACCCGAGGGUCUCGGCCUCCCAAAGCCUGCUCCGACUGCAGGAGGCCCGCACCGGGGCCGAGCCGCCCUUCCCUCGGACUGCCAGGCUCCGCGGCGUCAAAGUCGACUCCCCGGGGAAAAGGCCCGACGUCAUUUCGAAAGGAGAGGCGAGGGACAUGACGGAAACGGCCAACAAGGCGUCCCGAGAGCCCGUCGGUUCCGUGAGCGAUCUGGGCUUUCUGGCUUCGCUGGCCCGAAGCGCCAGCAGAGACAGUGCGCAGGCGGCGGGCGGGCUGGGCAGGCUGCGGACUUCCAGCGUCCUGCUCCCUACGAGCCUCCAGCCUUUCCAGGAAAAGUGCUCCCACAGGACCUCUCCCCAGAUCGAGACGGCGGACUUCAUUCUAUCUUCCUAUGGACUUGGAAUGAAUGGAAAUAACACAGCAACAGGAAAAAGAGUAGGUGAAGCUACCCAUCAUCUCCCACCUGUGAAAGCCCCAGUUCAGACGAAAAAGAAAACCGCAAAGCACUGCUUUCUGUGUGGCAAGAAAACCGGGCUGGCGACCAGCUACGAAUGCAGGUGUGGGAACAAUUUCUGCGCAUCUCAUCGCUACGCGGAAGCUCACGGCUGCACGUUUGACUACAAGGGGGCAGGGAGGAGGUACCUGCAGGAAGCCAACCCCGUGGUCAGCGCCCCGAAGCUCCCCAAAAUCUAGCCGUUGGGUCCGCCCUGCCGCAGUCAUCGAAUUAACAGUGAGAGAAGAAGCAAUUGCUUCCAGACUGCGUUCGUUUUUCUGACUCCCACAAGAAAAAGGCCCAGUCCCAAAAGCACACCACACACCUAGGCUUGGAGAGUAACGUGGACACCACCGUAGCCGACGACUUUACCCUCCGAUGAAUCCAACGGGUUUCCAAGUAGUUUUUAAAAAACGUCCACUCUGGCGACUCAACUCCCUUGCUGCGCGUCUCGGUUGAACUGUUUUAUAGCCGAAAACGCCGUUUCACUAGGCGAGUCUGUAAAAGAUGCACUUUACCACGUUUAAUAUUUACUGUGUGACCAAACUCGGAAGUGGGGAGUGGCCUCUCUAGGGGCGACAUGUAGUGUCUCCUGUGCUCAGACUUGUUUGUUUUUUUCUGUCCCACGCGUGAUAGCUUAAAUUAUUUCAUGAAGGAGUCUCUACUGAACGACACAGCCGGUACAAGAGUGUGGUAAUUGUCCCACGCCCAGCUCUUCCGUUCGUGUGUCUUGUGUCCGUUCCACCAGCGUACUGUGUAAAUCACAUGUAUUUCUAAAAAAUAUUCCUCUUUGUAGGGUGAUUUUUAAACUAGAACAUGUCCCACUGGUUGCCAUUAAUACAGAAGCAACUUAUUUUCACUUCUUUUGUAAUGGCUAGAUAUUUUUAAGACCACAACUUGGUUUGAUCUGCUAUGACGCCGAGCGCUGUUACAAGAUGAAAUUCUAAUAAAUACUCAGUUUUA